CGAUAUUAUUUAUAUAAUAUAUACUGAGUGUCACAUGCAUGCAUAAUAUAUUGAAUGCCACAACUUUCUGGUCUCUCAUAACGUACAUCAUAUCAUAUCGCAGCACUUUCUUUCUCCACCUCCACUCUUUCCCCCUUUUCCCGGCCGUAACGGACCGUCGGUCGUGGACCUGAUGUCCGGCGUGUGGAUAUUCGACCGGCGAGGCGUGGCUCGCCUCAUCACUCACCCCACCAGAGAGUCGUUCGAGCAGAGGUCGGACCAUCAGCCGCGGCAGCCCGGUACGGCCACCGCCCCCGGGGCCAGGCCACGUGUCCUCGUCUACCUCCCGGCCAACCAGGUGAUCCGAUCGUACGACGAGCUGGAGCAGCGGCUGGGGGAGCUCGGUUGGACCCGCUACCGGCCCAAAGUCGACGGGCUCGUCCAGUUCCACAGGUCCGCCUCCACGGCCCACCUCAUCUCCUUGCCCAAGCGCUUCGCCGAUCUCAAGCCUUUCCAUAUGUACGACAUCGUCGUCAAAAACCGGUCCUUCUUCCAAGUUCGCCAUCCCUGCUAAACUAACUACGGUUUGAAUCAAUGAUCAUCACUACUUCACAGUUUUUAAGACUUUGCAUGCUCUUGUUUACUAGCUACUGUGUGUCUUUUCUACUCUAAAUGCUCGAUGGAUGUUGUGCGAUCGCGGUCACGAUGAACAAUAUGGAAAAGGGGUUAUAAUGUUCUUACGGUUACGAAGCGAAGGUGUCAAUGGCUAUAUAGCUCUCCGUUUUCUCUGAUCUUCAACCCUUUCAGGAGUUUCGAAUUUUAAUUAAUUUAGGGAUAAUUUUUGGUUUGGUUUGCUACUAUAUUUUUAUUAAUUUUGUUUUACAUUGUUGGGUUUAAUUUGAUUAUAAAGUUUGUCGACGGAUCAUGUGACAUUCAUCUAGACAAGUAGUAUUCGUUGUAUUUUUCCCGUCAACUCUAGUAAUCACUUAACAUUAGAUGUCACAAUUAUCAUCAAAACGUAACAUCUUGUAAAGCGUUAACAACGAUUGGUAAAAUAUUCACGUCUUCCAAUAAUGCUAACCCUUAAUUUAUUUCAACAAAUUCGAUCCGUCCAAAAAUCUCAUUGUAUAUAUAUAUGUAGCCCCACCUUCUACAGUACAGAUGGUCAUCAUGGAGAACACAUGGAGGAAGUACAACUAAACUGUUGAAUGUUUCAGUUGAAACCCUAGCUAACCCCCCUUGGCUUCUUUCCCAUCACUCUUUGACUAGAAAAUAUCUUCUACAUAGCCUAGCUAAGAACGAAGAACAUACGCACCUUGUUUCAGUUAAUUAUUAAUCUUUGGUAAGACACACACACACAUAUAUAUAUAUUUUUAGUAUACUGCUAAUUAGGGUUUAUGCAGAAGUAAGCAAAGCAAGCAUCUCAUGAUGAUCAUCAACUAAUUAACAGAUCAGCUAGCUAGCUAGCUUCACUUUAUUGACCGUAGGUAGCUUAGGGUUGCAUGCAAAAGCAAAGAAGAGAAAAAUGGCGAUGCUGAAUUGCUGAUCCGUCAGCUAUACGUUUAGUAGGUGGGGGCUAGCUAGCAAGUAGCCUUUUUGAAGGAGAGAUCACGAGCCAGCCGGCUAUAGUAUAUGGGUUACAAGUGAGAACCCGCAGGCGCAGGCGCAGAAGCAGAAGCAAGCAAUUAGACGUAGUAGUACUACACUACACAGUGAAAGCGAGCGUCGAAUGUUUUGUCAAAACAAGAUUGGUGCUGCUGUGCUGUGCUAUGGAGGCGGGACGUCCCAUUCUCCACAAGGAGUAGUGCAACAGCUUUUUCAUUGAUAUCGAUCUCUCUUGUUGACUUCUCUCUUUGAAUAUAAUAUAUAUGGAGACUUUUAGCUAGCUAGCUAGGGUUGCAGCCUACGUAUAUUAAUAUAUAGCUACCUACAGCUCUACCCCUUGUGCCCCAGUCUUUUUGGUUUGGCUGUUUAAUCAGAGCAGCAAGCAUAAAUGCAUCUUUCGUUACAGUACCAGUACACUUUCAUGUUAUUAAGUGCUUCCGAUUGCAUUUGGUUACCAUUUACCAACUUAUUAGCGUUGGGAUCAGAACGUACGGACUAAACGAGUCGUGAUGUGUUAACGAAUAGGAAUUGGAAAAAAGAUAUUGCUUUUGG